AUGAGACUAGUCACCAUCUCCAAUUCCAUCAAGGAAGCAUUGACCAAGAACGAGGUGAUCCCCACGGUGAUCCACUCGGAGUCGUUUUCGCCAAAUGGAUUCCUCAUCAUCUCCUACGGCAAGGAUAAGGAGGUCGCAAUGGGUAACACCCUCACCGUGGAGGAGACCCAGAUAAAGCCUAAAAUGGCAUUCACCCUUAAUUUGUCCAAAGACACGGACCCAAAUUUCUCAAUUGCUGCCUCGGACAGAUUCACGCUUGUUUUGACCGAUCCGGACGCACCCACGAGGGGCGACGAAAAAUGGUCUGAGUACUGCCACUACGUUGCGAAAAAUAUCAAGCUGAAUCCGUACGACCCGAACAAUGUUGUGCAGACGUCGCAAAUUGAGGAGCAACUCACCACGACUGAUCUCAAUGGCGAAGAUCUGAUUCCGUAUUUUGGUCCCGCACCUCCGCCAAAGACAGGCAAACACAGGUACGUGUUUCUGUUGUACAAGCAAAAGCCUGGCACGGAGCCCGAGGCUCCGCCAGACCGCCCUAACUGGGGGACCGGUGUGCCAGGGUCAGGGGCCGCCGAGUGGAGUAAAGAGAACGAGUUGGAGCUACUAGCUGUCAAUUUCUUUUACGCCCAGGACAAGGAGCAGUAA